CGGAUAUUAGACUUCGCUGUUAAAUACAAGAAGAAUUCCCGCCACUCAGCCCUGUGACACUGAUCUGGCUGCAGGAGAAACGAUAUUUUAAGUCGACUAUUUAUUUAAAUCAAUACAAUCAAAAAUAAUAAAAAAAAAAGUGAAAUAAAAAAGCAACAUCCACACCAACUACUCUCCACCUAUUUAUCUAUCCCCGGUCUCGCUCCAACCAGCAACAUCUGUUCACAACACAGUGUCUACCUGUUUGUUUUUUGAUUCUGUGUCUUGAAUUUUCGGGCCCCAAGAGGCACAAGCCGCACUUUGCCAUUGCCCCGGCGAUAUCCUGCCCGCAAAUAAUGGACAACGUGAGUGCUUUCCCUGGAUCCUUUCUCUUCAUCUGUAUAUUUAUAAUAACUACACCAUGCCGUAUCAAACCUCCUCCCCCGGUCUUCAACCACCAGCCUUAGCCACUAUGGGCGACCAUGAUGGAAAUACGACUGACAUGCCCUCGUUAAUGGAUAAUCUGCAGCUUACGGAUAAUGAUAUGAUUGUUGAUGGCUACGACCAGUACGGUAAUGACCGCUCUGAUGUCGUCGUCGUUUCACCCCCGGGAUCCGCCAGUGAGCCCGAACCGGAGCCUCUGGCUAACGACUAUGAGGCGAUGAUGGCAAAGGUGCUACCCGAGAAUCCGGAUUUAGAAACAGAAGCCCAGACAUAUCACACAUGGAACAUCGAGAACUGGACAAAAAUGCGGCGAAAGGAACAUGGUCCGGUUUUUGAAUGCGGAGGAGCUCCAUGGCGGGUUCUGUUUUUCCCAUUCGGAAACGGCGUCGAACAUGCAUCGUUCUAUCUCGAACACGGCUAUGAGAAGUCACCUCCGGAUGGUUGGUAUGCUUGUGUACAGUUUGCGUUGGUCCUAUGGAAUAAAAACGAUCCUUCCCUGUAUAUUACACAUGUCGCACACCACCGCUUCAACGCAGAAGAGGCAGACUGGGGUUUUACACGGUUUUGCGAACUGCGGAAACUAUUCCAGCAGUCUUUCAACGAGAAAGGUACUCCCUUGGUAGAAAAUGAGGCCGCCAACCUUACCGCAUACGUCCGCGUUGUAAAGGAUCCAACAGGGGUUUUAUGGCAUAGUUUCCAAAAUUAUGACUCGAAGAAGGAAACUGGGAUGGUUGGGCUCAGAAACCAGGGCGCCACCUGCUAUCUAAAUUCAUUACUACAGUCCUUAUUUUUCACAAACUCGUUCCGAAAGGCCGUGUAUCAAAUACCCACGGAGCAAGACGCCAAUAAGUCAAAUUCCGCGUGGACCCUUCAACGACUAUUUUACCAUCUCCAAACUAGCGAUCUUCCAGUGUCGACAGCCGAACUCACAUCCUCCUUCGGCUGGGAAUCGAGACAUACCUUUGAACAACAGGAUGUCCAAGAGCUUUCAAGAUUAUUGAUGGACAAACUGGAAGGACAAAUGAAGGGCACUCCUGCUGAAAAAGCACUCCCUUCACUUUUCGUUGGAAAGACAAAGACGUAUAUAUCUUGCAUUCACGUUGACUAUGAGUCGUCCAGAAUAGAGGACUUUUGGGAUAUCCAGCUGAACGUUCGGGGUAACCGGACGCUUGAUGACAGCUUCAAAGAUUAUAUUCAGGUGGAAACAUUGGAAGGCGAGAACAAGUAUGAUGCUGGAGAGCCUUAUAAACUUCAAGAGGCAAAAAAGGGCGUGAUAUUCGAGAGCUUCCCUCCCGUUCUUCACCUGCACCUCAAACGAUUUGAAUAUGACAUCAACCGAGACGCGAUGAUGAAAAUCAAUGACAGGCUUGAAUUCCCAGAGGAGUUUGACGCGGCACCGUACCUUUCCGAGGAUGCGGAUAAAUCGGAACCUUGGAUCUAUCAACUUCACGGCGUUCUUGUACAUAGCGGUGACUUCAAUGCUGGGCACUACUAUGCAUAUCUACGUCCAACAAAGGAUAGUGUGUUUUAUAGGUUUGACGACGACAAAGUUAUUCGCUCAACCAUGAAAGAGACCUUAGAAGAAAAUUUCGGUGGAGAAUAUCCCAACCUCGCUAAUGGGACGGCCGGAGUCAGACAGCCAUAUAUGCGAGGCUACUCCACAAAGCGCUCAAUGAACGCGUACAUGCUGGUUUACAUCAGGAAAUCUCGAGUGGAUGAGGUCCUCGUUGAUUUGAAGAAAGAUGACGUACCUGCACACCUCGAAAAGCGCCUUAAUGAAGAACGUGCUGAAUUAGCGCGGAAGAAAAAGGAGCGAGAGGAACAGCAUCUUUAUAUGAACGUUGGGUUGUUAACCGAUGAGUCCUUCAAGUCUCAUCACGGAUUCGAUUUGACCAGCCUGGAUUUGGAGCCUAAUAAUCCCGCAGCUGCCAAAAUGUACCGUGUCCUCAGGACCAAAACGGUUGGCGAGUUUGCGGCUGAGAUUGCCGAUGAAAGAGGAUUGAAGCCAGAGCAUAUCAGGCUGUGGGUAAUGGUUAACCGUCAAAAUAAAACUACUCGCCCUGAUCAACCCUUGAAGGAUCUCGAUAUGUCUGUUGAGGAGGCAUUCGAUCGGUUUGGCACCAAGGGAAACCAGUUCGGCUUGUUUGUUGAAGAAGGAGAAAUCGCAGCGGAUGGAAAAACAACUUGGCCGGAAACACAAGGCAGUAAUGCGACAAGCCUUGUCUUCCUGAAGCAUUUUGAUGUUCUCCAGCAAACUCUAACUGGAGUUGGUCAUGUUUUUGUUCGAAAGCACUCGAAAGUGUCAGAACUGGCUGGCCCAAUACUGGAUAUUAUGAAUUGGCCGGCAGGAACCCCAUUCCUAUUAUAUGAGGAAAUCAAACACUCCAUGAUCGAGCCAAUGAAGUCUAAACAGACGUUCCACCAGUCGGAAAUACAGGACGGUGAUAUCAUCUGCUUCCAACGCCAAGUCAGCGAUUCUGAACUCCCUCCUACUGUCCUGUACACAGACGCCAGACAAUACUAUGACUACCUCCUCAAUCGAAUCUCAGUCAAAUUCGCUCCCCUAAAGCCGGAUGAUAGCGUAACUUUCGAUUUGACACUCAGCCGCAAAAUGACAUACGAGCAAUGGACAACGAAAGUUGGAGAACAUUUGAAUGUCGACCCGACUCAUAUACGAUUUGCGCCUGUGCUACAGAACAGUGGAAAACCCAAGCCGUUCAUUAAGCGAAAUGCGCCACAAAAUCUCCAACAGAUACUCACCGGCCAGUAUUCAAGUUACGGAUACGCCCCGCAUCGACCAGAUGCCCUUUAUUACGAAGUUUUGGAAACCAGUCUAAGCGAAUAUGAAACGAAGAAAAUAAUAAAGGUCACUUGGCUACCAGAUGGCGUUGCCAAAGAGCAACCAUUUGAUGUUCUCGUCGCUAGGAACGGCACCAUUGGUGACCUCGUCUUGAGCUUCAAGAAGAGGGCCAAUCUCGAUGAGGAGACGUCCCAAAAUCUGCGUGUUUAUGAAGUCUAUGGCGGCAAGGUGUUGAAAGAAAUCCCUGAACACUUCUCCAUUCUCAGCCUCUCAGACUAUGUGAUCCUCUACAUCGAGAGGAUACCACAGGAGGAACUUGAGAUGCAAGAAGGUGAAUUCACGCUUGACUGUUUCCACUUCGAUAAGGAUCCCAACAAGCCGCAUGGUAUCCCGUUUAGAUUUGUUGUGAAGCCGGGCGAGAUCUUCAAGCAGACAAAGGAACGGCUCUCGAAACGAACAGGUUUUCGAGGCAAGCAGCUUGAGAAGAUCAAGUUUGCCAUGGCCAUACGUCAGGGAUUCUGUGUCCCAAGAUAUCUUGAAGAUGACGAUAUUCUGGCAGAUCUAGUUACCGAGCCACAAGAAACGCUCGCGCUGGAUUAUGUAAAUAAGAACAGAAGCUUCUGGAGAAGUGAAAGUUUCUUUAUUCGAUAGACGCAUGAUUGAAAAUGGGCCAGGCGUUUGAUGUUACUUUUAUUUUAUUUUACUUUAUUUUAUUUCGAUUCUUGUCUUCGUUUUUCGCGCUAUAUGGUGGUUUUAUCCUCUAUAAUUUCGACCUGUUUCCAUUCCUAUUUCUCUUCUUUUUUCACUCUCCCCGUAUUUCUUCAUCCCAAUAUUUCUUACUUCUUCCUUCUUCUCGUUCGUACGGAGGUAGUUGCUUUCCGCCCUUCUUUUUUCAAUCUCGACAUAAUUUCUCUAUAUCAAAAACUGAGAUAAGAACUGUUGUAUUGCAGUACUUGCUAUGUCCGAGAAUAUUUUAACCGAAAACAGGGGCCUUUACGCCUCGCGUUCUCAUACGAAUGCGAAGAUAUAAAAUUUAUUUAGUUAGAUGACAGUAGAGGACGCAAAUGACAAAUGAGCCAGAUCUGGAUUUCCGCAAUCAUCCUAAUGGAACUCCGGACUGUCUUAUCCGUUUCAUGCUCCGUGCUGUUUUUCUGGCUCAUGAGCCUGAACAUGAAUGUCAGUGUUUGGGGUAGAGGGAUGUGUUGGAGCUGGACCUGAAUGAUAAGGAACAUUAUUGGUUUCGAAUUGCGCAUCUUCUUGAUAUCAACCUUUUUUUUUGGGUCGUAAUAUGUUGCUUAU